AUUUCACAGAGCAGACCACAUGUCCUAAAAGAAGAGGGAAAUUGCUUAGAGAUGAAUGUCAACUGCUCUCUGUGGCAAGAGAAUAGUUUGUCUGUCAAACGCUUUGCAUUUGCCAAGUUCUCUGAGGUCCCUGGAGAAUGCUUCCUCCUGUUUACCCUCAUCUUUCUCAUGUUCUUAGUAUCACUGACAGGAAAUGCACUCAUAGCCCUUGCCAUCUGCACCAGUCCAGCCCUACACACCCCCAUGUACUUCUUUCUGGCCAACUUGUCUCUCCUGGAGAUUGGCUACACUUGCUCUGUCAUACCCAAGAUGCUGCAGAGCCUUGUGAGUGAGGCUCGAGGGAUCUCUCGGGAGGGAUGUGCCACACAGAUGUUUUUCUUCACAUUUUUUGGUAUAACUGAGUGCUGCCUACUGGCAGCCAUGGCAUUUGACCGCUGCAUGGCCAUAUGCUCCCCACUCCACUAUGCAACCCGAAUGAGUCAUGUGAUAUGUGCCCAGUUGGCAAUAGUUUCAUGGGGAAUGGGAUGUAUAGUAGGGUUGGGACAGACCAAUUUUAUUUUCUCCUUGGACUUCUGUGGACCCUGUGAGAUAGACCACUUCUUCUGUGACCUUCCACCUGUCCUGGCACUUGCCUGUGGAGAUACAUCCCAAAAUGAGGCUGCCAUCUUUGUGGCAGCUGUCCUCUGCAUAUCAAGCCCAUUUUUGCUAAUCAUUUAUUCCUAUGUCAAAAUUCUGGUUGCAGUGCUAGUGAUGCCUUCACCUGAGGGGCGCCAUAAAGCUUUGUCCACCUGUUCCUCCCACCUACUUGUAGUCACACUCUUCUAUGGCUCAGGAUCUAUUACAUACUUGAGGCCCAAGUCUAGCCACUUACCAGGAAUGGACAAACUCUUGGCCCUCUUCUACACAGCGGUGACAUCCAUGCUGAACCCCAUCAUCUAUAGCUUAAGGAACAAGGAAGUAAAGGCAGCACUGAGAAGAACUCUGGGCCUAAAGAAAGUUCUGGCAAUAAAUAGGUAACAGAACCUUGCAGAGCUGCUAGCUAAUAAGAAUAUUCAAAGAGCCAGGUUAAACAAAUAAAAACUGGUACAUUCUUCUUUCUGCCGUAUGUUGAGUCUUUUUGUAAUUUUGGAGGUCCCUCUGUACGCAGCUCUAUUUUCUAACUGCUGAUUCUCAAAUAAAAUCAAAUACUAAGGAAU